CAAUUAUCGGCAUCAUUGACUUCGACCACAAUGACGACCGUCCAAAAAAUCAAGGAAAUCGAAGAUGAGAUGGCGAAAACGCAGAAGAAUAAGGCCACGAGCUACCAUCUUGGACAGCUCAAGGCCAAACUCGCAAAACUAAGGCGUGAGCUUAUUGCGCCAUCUACCGGCAGUGGAGGCGGAGGUGGUGGUGUGGGUUUUGAUGUCGCCAGAACUGGUGUAGCAUCCGUAGGCUUCGUGGGAUUCCCUUCAGUUGGAAAGUCAACACUUAUGAGCAAAUUAACCGGCACACACUCAGAAGUAUCUGCCAUUGAUUUCACAACACUCACGACCGUACCUGGAACUGUCAAAGUGCACGGUGCACCAAUUCAGAUCCUUGAUCUACCCGGUAUCAUUGAAGGUGCUGCCGACGGUCGAGGCCGUGGUCGACAAGUCAUCGCCGUAGCGCGGACCUGCAAUCUUAUCUUCAUCGUUCUUGAUGUGUUAAAACCGCUGGGCGAUAAAAAGAUCAUCGAAGACGAGCUGGAAGGGUUCGGCAUUCGACUGAACAAGAAACCACCAGCCAUCACCGUCCGCAAGAAAGAGAAGGGUGGAAUCGCGAUCACAAAUACCGUUCCGUUAACCAACAUCGACCACGACGACAUCAAGGGUAUCCUCAGCGAAUUCAAACUGAGCAACUGUGAUGUUGCCAUCCGCGAGCCUAAUGCUACUGCCGAUGAUCUUGUCGACGUGAUUGAGGGGAACAGAGUGUACAUUCCAGCAAUCUAUGUAUGUCGUCUUGGCCAAUUAUUUAUUGACGCCAUCUCCAUCGAAGAACUGGAUCUGCUAUACAAGAUUCCGAUGUCUGUGCCCGUCUCCUCCAAGGAAUGGAUGAACAUCGAUGAACUGAUUGAUGUAAUGUGGAAGACACUCGAUCUUGUAAGAGUAUACACCAAACCACGGGGAUUGGCACCAGAUUACACCCAACCGGUUGUUCUGAGGCAGGGAAAAUGUAGCAUCGAAGAUUUCUGUAACGCCAUCCACAAGGAGAUUGCGAAACAGAUGAAAUACGCUAUUGUCUGGGGUGCAAGUGCCAAGCAUGCACGGGGGCAGAAAGUCGGACUAGAUCACAUACUUCAAGAUGAGGAUGUGGUGCAUAUCUCGAAGAAGUAGAUGACAUUUUGUGUACAACAGUCUUCAGAUACGAUUCAGCUGUCCUUGGUAUGUUGUCUCGUGGAGAUAAACGAACAUCAGCCUGCAGAAACACCACACCAGUCCAACAGCACAAUACACGCUCGUCAUCAUCAGCGGCAAGAACUGCAUUGUAGACUCUGAGCACGCGGCAUCCUCCGAUGGCGUGCAUGUGGUGCUGGAUCGCGCGUUGAGAAUCAUAAGAACCACCUGGAGGACCACGAAGCCACCCAGGUAGACCCGCUCUAA